AUGAUUGUUGGUCAAAAUGUAUAUGAAAAAUUAGAAUUAGCAUUAUCAUGUGGUUUUCCAAAUGAGUUAACAUUUACAGUAAAUACUUUACUAUUAUUACUAUCAAUAACAAAUACGGCAACAUCAUUCCAUUUACGUAAAUGUUCAGGUUUAUUAGAUGUACUUUUUCGUCAUAUUGGUUUAUUUUUAUCUAAUAAUAAUUUAAUAAAUGAUCAUUGUUUAAAAAUUUUAUAUGAUAAUGAAUGAUACUAUGGACAACAAGAUCGUUUUAAAAUUAUGCUUGUACUUGAAAUUAUUGCUAAUUUAGCAUAUGUCGAAAAUUAUAAUGGAAUUUAUUUAAUCGAUUCUAUGGAUAUUAUUAUCCAAACAUUAACUCAUAUAUUGGAUAUACUUAUAUAA